CGACGUAUUGAGGACAGUUCUGCAUUUGUAGCGAGUUUAUUAAGGAAGAAAACGUUUGAGUCCAAAACUGUUAUAAAAUGUCAGUCUUCUAAAAAUGUAUUUUGAGACAGUUUAUGGAUUUAUGAUUUUUUAUUUUUGCAUUGAAAAAGUAACAGCGCUUUCAUAUCGACCAAUUAAUUGGAGCAAAGCACCAAUUAAGAGUAUUUAUAAUAAAGAACGAAUGCGUUAUCAUCCAGCCUACAAUGAAGCUAUCCCAGCUUUAUGUGAUUUAACGGAAAAUUGUGAUAUCUGUUGUAGUGAUCCGGAUUGCAGUCAGCGUGACAAAGAAGUCUUCAUUUGCACAUCAAACAAUGAGGUGCAGUCAGAUUAUGAUUCACUUGCAUGUGAAAAGCAUCACCUACAUUCUCUGCACAAUGGAUGGUUUCAUCUUCUGUGCUAUGUUACUGCUAAUUCACCUUACUUGGGCCAAUACUUCAUCGAAAUGAAGAAAAUUGUUUCACUCCCAGUCCUGAAUGCAUUGGUGGAACAAAAGGAGAGAAAAAACAGUUUCUACAACGAUGCCAACUUGCCAUCAGAUGCAGUAAUCAGGAACAGUCAGUACAUAUACGGGGAACCAAUUAAGCUGAUAUGGAACAUUGGUUCAGACUUUUCUCUCAGGUACAGCAGCUAUUUUGAACUACCUCAAAAUUUGUUAAGCAUGGGUAGUGGGUCAUGUGUUCUUUCACAGGAAGUAAAAUACCUAGUUAAUAGUAAUGCAACAUGUGUUAGGAAAAUAUCAAAGGAAACAUGCAAUAAUAAUAUAAGUUCUUAUUUGAGUGUUGCUCCAUAUGCUUUGUUAGGAGAUGAGGAUUUUUUCACAAUUCAGUUACCUGCUGUUGCAAAAGGUAAGUUUUCCACAGACUCAACAGAAACAAGAACGAAGUAUGUAUGUUUGAAAAAUGGAUCAGAUUAUGUGACAUUUUCAAAGAAUAUAUUCAUGAAGGCUGCUGCUGAAUCAGAUUAUCAAGUGAGUGAUGACUCCAAUACUACUGAUUGUGAAGAUGUAAAUGAUCAGCUAUUGUCUACUUUCUACAAUGAUUCAAUAAAUGUUUGUGGGAAUGUGCUUGUUUCUGUUGAUUAUAAUUUCAUCUGGAAGGGUAGUGAGAUAGUGAUGUUAAAUGUUGUAUAUAUGUUGACUGAUGUGUUCUUACCUGAAAUAUCAAUGGGGAGAGGUAGAAAAGCACCAGCAGAAGGUGUGGGAACUACUAAUAUAAACAGUCCAAUACUAAGUGAUACAAUAGAACUGUAUGUCACACAAUAUUUCUCAGUCAGUUAUCAUUAUUAUUCAUAUAAUUCAUCUGCUUAUAAUGAAACUGAAACAGAUUAAUUACUUCCUGAUUAUUGCCUGUAGUAAUGAGGGUAGUGAGUGAUAGUUUCAGUAAUAUUUCAUAUGAUGAGACACUGGUGAUAUUAUUCAAUUUUUAAUAAAUUGCCAAGUUUGUGAACCUGUUGCCAUCAAUUUCAGUAA